UUCUUCAGAUUUAGGUUGGCCAAUUGACGUCUACAUAUUAUACAACUUUAUCAUUUAUUCAAGGGAAUCAUAAGUGUUAUGUUCAGCAAUUUCUUUGAGAUAGAAAACAGUGAUUUUAUAUGUGAAAAAAGAAAAAGAAAAAGAAGAAACCAAAUAGGAGCGUAAACAAGAUCUGGAAACUUCUAUAUUCCCAAGAAGUGGAAGGGAAACGUAUAAAAAGCAUUAAGCAUUGGGAAUUUAGUUUUAGAAAAAAAUGCCGUUGGGAAAAUACCAUUGCGAUUACUGCGAUAAGGAAUUCCAGGAUACUGCAGCGGCUCGGAGGCGUCAUCUUCAAGGUGUUCAACAUCAAAGAGCCAAAGCUCUUUGGUACGACUCCUUGCGCAAUCCUCAGUUAUUCAACGAUCCGGAUUCGUUUGGUAAAGGAUUCUGCAAUCACUUUGUUCGAACGGGUUAUUGCCAGUAUGGGGACUCCUGCAAAUAUUAUCAUCCCAAGCAAAACUCUCAAACUGUAAACCAAACGGGAAUCCCUCCAGGGGAAAAUAGUAGAGAGGGUUUUCAUACAAGUGGUCAACCUUUUGGUUCGGCCUCAUUUCCAGUGCUGUGUUCAUCUUCUAUUUCUCAGUUUUAGCAGAGUAAAUCACUAUUCUACACAUGGUAUGUCGACUUGUGCUUCAUUGUGACAAAUAAGAGAUAAGCUUAGAGUGAAGAAAAAUAUAGACAUUGGAGACGAGGUAAAAGUAUGUUGGUACUUAUCCUUGGUUCAAAACUCCCACUUUUGCCAGUUUGUCCCACACAUAGGAGCUAUCUGAUAGGCAUGGGCAGUGUCUGAUCCACACCCAGUUGUGUAUCAGGGAAAAAAAAAACUGGUUGAGGUCAUUGCAUUCAUCACAUACUGGAAAGGAUUGCUGCUCAAGUAACAUCCAUUGAUUGAACUGUUGUCAGAUAGCACAGCUACUACUCCAGAAGGUGACACCCAAAAUGAAGUUAUUAUAGAAACCAGAAAUGCAGCAAGCAUUAGUAAAAUGACCCUCUUCUCAAAAUAUGUCAUACACAAUGGGAAUAUGAACAGCUCAUGUGCCCCAGUAGUUUAGUAACACUCCUGCUGAACUGAUUCCUAUACCUCCCGGCUCCCAUGUCAUUUCCUAAUCUUAUUUGAUGUUUAAUGUUAGAGCUUAUGUUAUAUGAACUGACGAUGUAAAAGUUAUUUACACAACCAAAUGACUUAGAUAAUUAUAAGUAAAUUUCUACAAU